AAAGCUCAAGCUCAAGCUCAAGAAGCCGGUUGUCGAGCAUCGUCAGGCCGCUGGCCUAAGCGACUACGUUUAGUUUUUAUUUUAAGUCUAAUGUUUUUGUGAGGUACGAUGGCUCUUUGAAAUGGCGCAGAAAGACACGCUGUUACAUCUCUUCGCAGGGGGAUGUGGUGGAACCGUAGGUGCCAUCAUGACCUGCCCCCUGGAGGUGUUAAAAACCAGACUACAGUCAUCUGGCCUCACCCUCAGACCUGUUUUCCAGGUCCAGCUGGGCACAUUCAACGGUGCUGGCGUCAUUAGACCGGGACCCGUCACCCCUGGCUUGCUACAGGUGUUACGGUCAAUUCUAGAGAAAGAGGGACCAAAAUCUCUAUUCAGAGGAUUGGGCCCAAAUCUUGUUGGUGUUGCACCUUCAAGGGCGAUCUAUUUUGCAGCUUAUUCAAAAUCAAAAGAGACUUUCAAUGGCAUCUUUGUCCCAAACAGUGGAAUUGUCCACAUGUCCUCGGCUGGCUUUGCAGCAUUUGUCACAAACUCCCUGAUGAAUCCCAUCUGGAUGGUCAAAACAAGAAUGCAGCUUGAGAGGAAGGCAUGUGGGGAGAAGAAAAUGAAUGCGUUACAAUGCGCGCGGUAUGUGUAUAAGACGGAAGGUAUGCGAGGUUUUUACCGGGGCCUGACGGCGUCGUACGCUGGCAUUUCAGAGACCAUGAUCUGCUUCCUUAUUUACGAGACGCUGAAGAAGUACCUAGUGCGGAGUCGAUUCACCACGCCUGACACCGACACAGAAAAAGGCGCUUCAGAUUUUCUGGGCCUCAUGGUUGCUGCUGCAUUUGCCAAGGGUUGCGCCUCCUGCAUAGCUUAUCCACAUGGUAGGUUGUUAUUACCUGUCAGUCAGGGUAAAGUCUAAAGAUAAACAUAGAUUGCUUCCUCCUUUAGCACUAAGACCUGCACUUUUAUGACAGGACUUGGAGUGUGUGAGAAAGUUAAAAUAACGUUUUUAUAGUUAAAAAAACAAGUCAUUACAACAACAUGCAGUUAUUCAUAAUGGGGUGAACUGCUAAAAACACCUGUAAAGUUCUUUUGAACUUCAAA